AUGGGCUUCCACUCCUAUGAUACUCUGAACAAACAUCACUGUGUUGGCGUUGGCGGAUACGCGUACGUCUACCACGUCAGUCCAACCAUUGUGGUGAAAACCGUCCGCCCCGACCGAGACCAUGAAGAGGAGAAGGUGAUGGGGCAUCCUUUGCAAAAGGAUAUCGCCUUUUACAAAUGCCUUAACGAGCGCCAGGACAGAUGCCCGCAUAUCGUGGAAUGUUUUCUUAUAUUUCCAGAGCAUCUUUUCCUAUCAUUCUGCGCAAACAAGGCAAUCAUCUAUCGCUUCCAUGAAUAUCAGGAGAGAGAAAAUGACCAUUUCUUCGGGCGUCUUAUCCGUGUGAAAGAUUAUGAGGACCCUACUCUCAUCGCUCGAUGGAUACAACAACUCACAUCUGCGCUUGAAUAUGUGGAGAGGAUGGGCUUCUGCCAUAAUGAUCUGAAUACAUCGAAUUGCCUCCUGGAUGAGAGACUUAAUCUAAAACUAUCUGAUUUCGGUCGUGCCACCACUAUUGGGCAGUUGCUAGAAUAUACCCGUGCUCCAUGGGCCGUACAGUUGGCCGCCGGGCCGUUAGAGGGUACCUACGGUCUCUGCUCUGCUAGGACUGAGCAGUUUGCCGUUGGGUCUCUCCUCUAUUAUAUGGUAUAUGGCCAUAAACCCUACGAAGAUAUAAACCUGGAUUGGCCGGAAUUAGAACGCCGAUUCGAGGAAAUGAGGUUCCCAGAGCUAAACCGCCAUGAGAUCUUCGAUAGUCUUAUAUUUGGUUGCUGGUAUAAUGUCUAUCCUACUAUGGCUCUAGUAGCAUAUGAUUUUAAGCGCAAAACAAAAGAUAUUGCAUUAAUCGCAGAAUAUACGACCAUUGACCGCACAAAGGAGACGAAGACUUGCGAAGCACUGCUGUGGGUUUGGAAGUUGCACGAAGGAAUUAUCCAUUCGCAUCUCAAACGGCUCCUAUAUGCAGGUCGAACCCAAUGUCGGGAACUUUGGUCUCCAAAUAUUGCGCCAACAUCCAUUAUGAACGGGGCAUGUAGAGAGCUUUGCAAUAUUCCCAUUACCCAGGAUAUCAAUCAGCCUUUUUUCAGUCAAUUGUCGCAAGCACCCGUAGUGGAUAGUGAUGUUACCCCAGUGUCGGUUCUCAUGAGUAGACAGUCAUUCUAUCGCAUGGUAAACAAAAUCUCGUCACUAGUCAGAGAUAACUUAGUACCUAUAGAGUAG